AUGUCUACGGCCGCGGCGAGCACUGGCCUAGUCGGCCAGCUGACCAGCGCAUCCGCCUCGCAGAUUUUCCUUUCUUUCAUUGUUAUUUUGACUGCUCGUUUCAUUCUGAGAGGCGUCUACCGUGUCUAUUUCCAUCCUCUUUCCAAAUACCCUGGUCCUAAGCUCCAUGCCUUCACGAGGAUCCCGCAGAUGAUUGGCCUAUGGAAGGGAGAGCCACAUAAACGCAUUGAAGCUAUUCACGCAAAGUAUGGACGUGUGGUCCGAACUGCCCCAGAUGAAAUCAGCUACAUCGAUCCUGAAGCAUGGAAAUUCGUCCACGGCCACGGCGACACAAAAGCUCAAGGCUCGAGGCCGCAAAAACACUGGAUCCGCUCUGGGAAUGAUGUCACCGAUACCCCGUCUCUUCUCUUUGCGCCUACUGGAUCUCACUCUCGCAUGCGACGUGUAUUCCACUCUGCCUUCUCUGACCGUUCUCUAAAGCUCCAGGAGCCGCUUAUUAUCAAGUACAUCGACUUACUCCGAGAACGGCUUAGGGAAAAGGCACCGCAGGGAGCUAUCGACAUUGUCAAAUACUUCAACUUCACAACAUUUGAUGUCAUGGGCGAUCUGGCUUUCGGAGAAUCAUUACACAUGUUGAACAACGAUGAGUAUGACCCAUGGGUGGCGAACACGUUUGAGUACUUGAAGACCUUUACGUUCCUUGAGAUGUGCCAGUACUACGCGGUUACCCGGUACGGCGUCCGCCAGCUGAUGAAGCUCAUGGCCAAGCAGAGACAGGAGCAUUUCCAAUACACUGUUGACAAGGUCAACAAGCGUGUCGACCAAGGCCGUGCAACCGAUGGUCAUGAUCUUUGGACUCUCGUAUUGGACAAAGAAGGAAAGCGUGAAGGUUUGUCUCGUGGGGAGAUGUUUGCCAACGCCAACCUGUUCAUGGUUGCUGGAACAGAGACUACUGCCACUAUCAGCGCCGGAUUUGCAUACCUAAUGUGCAAGAAUCCUGAAGUGUACGCGAAAUUCAAGAAGGAGGUCCGCGAAACAUUCAAGAGCCAAGACGAGAUCAACAUCGAAAGGGCUCAAGCUCUGCCAUACCUUAACGCCUGCCUGAAAGAGGCUCUUCGUGUGUACCCACCAGUUAGCAACGCUCAGCCUAUGCUUACGCCUGCGGAUGGAACCACGGUCAUGGGAGAGUUCAUGCCUCCGAAUACUGUUGUAUCUAUCCCGCAGUAUGCCAUGUACCGAUCAGAGACCAACUUCAAGCACGCUCUCGAGUAUAUACCUGAGCGCUGGCUGGGCGACGAACGCUUUGAGAGCGACAACCGAAAAGCGUUCGAGCCGUUCCACGUUGGUCCUCGUGAUUGCCUGGGCAAGAACUUGGCAUGGCACGAGAUGCGUCUCAUUGCUGCGAAAGUUCAUCAUCAGUUUGACUUUGAGCUCAGCCCCGAAAGUGACGGCUGGACCGACCAGAAGAUUUUCAUUCUUAACCAGAAGGAGCCGCUGUACAUGAAGCUCAAGGCCGUCUACUAG